AUGAAAAUCCUGUUUAGUGACGUUCUGCUGCUCAGCCUGCUCUCCAGCGUGUUCAGCAGCUGUCCCAGGGACUGUCUCACCUGCCAGGAGAAGCUCCACCCAGACCCUGGCAGCUUCGACUUGAAGGUAUGCAUCCUCCAGUGUGAAGGAAAGGUCUUCCUCCGUCCUCUCUGGACUGCAUGUGCCAAAGUCAUGGCCAGUGCCCCUGGGCAGCUCAACCCUGCGGACCCAGAGCUCGUGACAGCUGCUCUUUACCAGCCAAAAGCUUCGGAGAUGCAGCAUCUGAAGCGAAUGCCCCGGGUCGGGAGCUUGGUGCAAGCGGCAGAUACGGAGCCUGGCACUGAUGAUGCCGACGAGGUGGAACAGAAGCAGUUGCAGAAGAGGUUUGGGGGCUUCACGGGGGCCAGGAAGUCGGCCCGGAAGUUGGCCAACCAGAAGCGGUUCAGUGAGUUUAUGAGGCAGUACCUGGUCCUGAGCAUGCAAUCAAGUCAGCGCCGGCGCACUCUGCACCAGAAUGGCAUCCAGGUGACGCCCCGAACAGCAUGUGUCCACACCCAGAAGUGCCGGCCGGGAGUCAGGAUUCCUUCUUCCCUGAGGCAUUGA